UCAUUUAUAACCACCACACUCUCCUUCUUUGUUUUCACUUUCCACUGUCUCUGUGUGCUUCUGUCACAGACCUGAGCUUCCAUCACUCCGUACCAUGGCUCUACUGCAAUCUUUCAUCGAAGUUCACCCGGACUCUCACUUCCCCAUACAGAACCUCCCCUACGGCGUGUUCAAGCCUCAACCCACUUCAUCUCCUCGCCCUGGCGUCGCCAUCGGCGACUACGUCCUCGACCUCUCGGAAAUCGCUUCUGCCGGCCUCUUUGAUGGCCCUCUACUCAAAAACUCCGAUUGCUUCUUCCAGCCUAAUCUGAAUAACUUUGUAUCCCUCGGAAGGCCAGCUUGGAAGGAAGCUCGUGCCACUCUUCAAAAGCUUUUAUCAGCAACUGAGUCAACCUUGAGAGACAAUGCGGUUCUGAGGCAGAAGUCACUUUUACCAAUAAGCAGUGUAGAAUUACUUCUCCCUGUUGCCAUUGGGGACUAUACUGAUUUCUUUUGCUCUCUGCAUCACACUAAGAAUUGCGGGCUCAUAUUUCGUGGGCCACAGACUCCUGUCAUGGAAAAUUGGUAUAAUCUGCCUGUUGCCUAUCAUGGACGAGCAUCCUCUGUUGUUGUGUCUGGGACAGAUAUUGUUCGACCAAGAGGUCAAGCUCAUCCAGGUGGAAGUUCUCGACCCUACUUCGGCCCUACUUUAAAGCUAGACUUUGAGUUGGAAAUGGCUACUAUUGUUGGACCUGGAAAUGAAUUGGGAAAACCCGUUGAUAUUAACAAUGCUGAAGAUCAUAUAUUUGGAGUUGUUCUAUUGAAUGACUGGAGUGCUCGGGAUAUUCAGGCUUGGGAGUAUAUUCCUCUUGGUCCUUUUCUGGGAAAAAGUUUUGGGACUACAAUAUCACCUUGGAUUGUGACCUUGGAAGCAUUGGAACCUUUUGCCUUCGAAGCCCCGAAACAGGAUCCUCCUCCACUUCCUUACUUGACUGAAAAAGUAUCAAAAAAUUAUGAUAUUUCUCUAGAGGUUCACAUCAAACCUGUUGAGCAUAAUGAUUCAAGUGUGGUGACCAGGAGUAACCUAAAGCACUUAUAUUGGACAUUGACUCAACAGCUUGCUCACCACACAAUAAAUGGGUGCAACCUGAGGCCAGGCGAUCUCCUUGGAACUGGGACAAUUAGUGGCCCUGAGCCAGAGUCGCGUGGAUGCUUGCUAGAGUUAACUUGGAAUGGACAAAACACGCUGUCAUUGAAUGGUUUAGAUCGGAAGUUUCUUCAAGAUGGUGAUGAAGUCAUCUUAACUGGACAUUGCAAGGGAAAUGGUUACACUGUUGGGUUUGGUAACUGCUCGGGCAAGAUUGUUCCCCCAGCUCCCUGAGAACAGUAUAUUCAAUGCUCUUGUGCAGUCGUGAUGAGAUUUGUUGAAGCUGUAUGAUGUACUAUCAGGACACAUGAAUUGUUACUCUGUUAGUGUUUUUCUUGGUGUAAUUUACUCAGCACUAAACUGGACUACAAUAAAGCUGGCUUUUAUGAGGUUAUGAUUUUCUUUUGUGACCUAUAUAGUGUGUGGAUCAAACAUUGAGAUAAACUAAUCAUUAUCAUUUGUAA